AUGCUUGCCCGAGCCUGGGAAGCCGACAAAGCAAUUUCGAUAUGGGUAGAACUGGUGAACGAACGGCAAGCUGAAAUUUCCCAGUCAAUUGAUGAUCGGCCGCAAUUCAUUCCCACUUUCAUGGCUGCUCGCCAGGACAUCACUAGAGAAGAACUUGCUAAGUGGGACGCUAGCGCUCGCUCGUGGCUACAUAGCGCGGAGGGAGUGAAACAGCGGGCGAAUAAGCAGAUGAUGCUCAUUGUCAAGAAUAUCUGUGUCAACGUUGGUGAAGGGAAAACCACCUAUCAAAAUGUCAUUAAUGUAUGGCGCCACUCUCUUGUUGGAAUGGAAAGUCUCGUACAGGGAAGGCCGCAAGAAGCAUUUAAUGGAUCAGUUCUUCUGGCACUGUCAGCAUGGCAUAUCUACCCACACACACCUUAUGGCAUUGGGGAGCUCUGCAAAAUCGGUGGAGUUUCACGACCCCCUCGUGCAAGUCGGCGGUAUCAUUACCAUAGGGCUACAUACCGCCUUUACGACCGCGAAGCAAAAGUUCACUCCCGUGCCGGAACUGAUCGCGUCUCCACGGACGAGCUUCUGGUAGUGGCUUUUGCCAGCCUUUUCUGGGCUUGGGAGAUCUCCAGAGACGAAGAGAUCGCAAUCGCAAAUAGGCUGGUCAAAUUAUAUGACUUAGUGAAGCCUAUUGGGAAGCCUGCAAGCUUUCCAUGGCUUGAACUGCGUGCAAGUGCAAGUCGCAAAUUCUUGGCUUUGAAGGCAGAAAAUGACCAGCAUUGCUCCCAGCUCAUCACCUGGGGUCGGAGGCGGGCUCAGAACUUCCUGUCUUUUCAUAAGACUCAGCGCAGCCUCUUCUUCGGCCUUCGCAGAUCUCCGCUUUUACAGGCAUUGUCGUUAAAACCUGGAGCCGAAAAGGGUAUCUUGCAUCUCAGAGAGGUGGCUUGUGCUAUGAAAAUUCGAGACGCUAAAUAUGUGAUACGAUAUUGCAAAAAUCCGCUUUUCCCCACAUAUGCCUACUGUACCUCUAUUCCACAUCGAAAAAGGUCAUCUAAAUGUUCACUUGAUGAAUCCGUCAAAACUGAAGAGGUACACUACACUUGA